UUGCUUCCACAACCCAAUCACUUUAAAUACCAAAAUUAGCUCCACCAGAGAUGAAAUUAAUCCUGCCUCCUCCUUCUUCUUCUUUAGAUUUAGGGUUGUCUCUGAGUAAUUUUGGUGGAAAUUUUCUUUCUUUCUUCAGCUGGUUUCAAUUCUCCCAGCUGACAAUAUUGGUCUCCAACUCCCAGCAGAAUACAGGAAUUUUGGUGGAAAUUUUCUUUCAUUCUUCAGCUGGUUUCAAUUCUCCCAGCUGACAAUAUUGGUCUCCAACUCCCAGCAGGGCCUCUCAGAAAAGAAUACAGGAAUUUUGGUGGAAAUUUGAGCUGGUUUCCAGGAAGCAACUAGCAGCUAGCUCCAUCAAUAAUUAUUUAUUUUAAGUUAUUGGCGGUGAUGAACAUCACACAGCCCCCGCAAAUUGGUUGUGGUGGUGAGCAUAUAAGCACCACAACUACUAUGACAGCGAUUGAGAUGAAGCAGAAAAGAGCAUAUAAAAGAAAAGAUUGUGGUGAUACAAAUACUUCCACAGUCACGAAGAAGAAGAAACGAGCAUAUACUAGAAAAGAUUGCAUUGGUACAAAUACUCCGACCGUGAUGGAGAAGAAGAAAAGACCAUAUAGAAGAAAGAAGUACCUUCCUCAUGAUUUAGUCAUGGAAGAAAUAUUAACCAAGCUUCCAGUCCCGACACUCGUAACGUCUGUUCUGGUAUCCAAACGCUGGUAUAACUCCAUUCACAAUGAUCACAAACGCUUAACUUAUUCUCAUUUCCUUCAAUCGCAGAAACAGCCCAAUGUUAUCCUUAGUCUUUUAAAUGUUAGGGAUUGUGAUGUGGUUGUUAAAAAGACAGGUAAGCCUAGGUAUGGAUCUUACUUUUUCAAAUUUACUGCUGGAAUGUACGACCGUGAAAAUGAAAAUGCUCUACAGUUUGACAAGUUUCGAGGUGGUAAUGUUGGUCGUGGUAUAUGUGAAAUGGUCGGUUACUGUCGUGGUCUACCUUGUAUAGCUGCAGCAGAUGAAUACUCGACUGAUUACAUAAUUGUGGACCCAAACAGGAAAGACUUUCUCCAUAUCUUUUCAGACUUCUUCGGUGCCGGUGCCUGCAUCAUCUGUCACGGAUUUGGUUUCGAUCACUCAGCUAACGUGUACAAGUUAGUAAGCAUUUUUCGUACUAUUGAAAAGGAGCUUAACAUUAUGGUAUUUACAUUGGGAACUAAAUCAUGGAGAAAUGUCACUGCUACAACCAAGCCCAUAUCAGGUCGUCCUAUCACAAAGAUAAGAGCGCCCACGGGUAGCGACAGAUCAGCCAUCUUGUGCAACACUAGUAGCAGCAGCGGCAGUGGAUGUUUGGUUUGGAAGAUAAUAACAACUCUGGGGGGAGCAGGAUCUGAUGAUAUCCAGCAUGAUAACAGUAAUGCUGUUAAUGAUAGUGAGAUGGAGAUGCUAUUGUCGUUCAAUCUCCAUGAUGAGAAGUUUCAGUUCAUUCAACUACCAGCUAAAAGUACAACUGACGAGCAGCAGAAGCACUUGCAUGUUGAUUAUCCUCAUCUUCUGGAGUUCAAGGGAUCUCCUUGUAUUGCUCGUGUCGAAAAAAUAUCAGGGAAUGGAAGUGAUUAUCCUCAUCGUUGCUGUGAUGAUCAUCAGGGUAGUAGUAGUAGUUGCUGCUGUUGUUGUAAAGUUCAUUUGUACAUUUUGAAGGAUAAAGUCAAGCAAGUUUGGGUUAAGGAAGAGAGUUUUGAUGUUCGUGUGACUUCUUCUCCCGAAUGGUCAAGGAAGCAGGCAUCAGAUCCCUGCUGUUUUUGUUUCGGCAGUACUACUACUGCGCCUCCUACUCGCAUCUUCAGUUUCUCAGAUCAGAUAUUACUUUACUGGUUCAAAGGGAUAUCUCUUCAAAUUUACAACUUACGUUCUGAAAAACUUCAGCAUGUUGUUCCUUAUAAUUAUACAGAGUAUGUUCUCUUUGGAAAUAAGAUGAAAGAACCACGGCACAUCUUUAUUUCGGGUGAUGAUGAUAUUUAUUGCUCCAAUAAGGAUUAUCAGCUGCACCGUCAUGAGGAGAACUUCCUUUCUCUGCAAACCUUCAUACCAGAAGGAGUGGAAGGGGUUGAUGCUGAUGAUUUCUAUAAGUUAGAUUUGGAGAAAUCGUCGGGAUACAUAUUUAUCUACAGAGGCUCCAAAGUGUGUUAUCCUCUUUUUAGUUAGUACACAUAUGUACCAACUUUAUUAUCAUGGUAACUGUCUUCAGUUUACUAGAUAAUUAAGUUUUCUCGGAUCAGAUGUGUUACGUAACUGGUUCAACUGGGAUUUAUCAAGUUAAGAACUUGCGAUCUGAAAAACUUCUGCGAUCUGAAAAAUUUCAGCUUGUGCUGCCUUUUAAUCUUAAAGGGGUUGUUGUCUUUCGAGCUAAGGACACAUUUUUAAUUCUGGUGAUAAUGAUACUCAUUGCUCCAAUAUGAGAACUUCCUUUCUCUGCAAACCUUCAUUCCAGUAGGAGCGGCUGGAGUCUAAAGUUUUCAAUGAAUUAGAUUUGAAGUGUGAUGACCGUCCAUGUUCGGCAUAUAUGUUUAUCUACAGAGUUUCACAAGUUAUGUACUAACUUAUUAUCUUGGUAACUGUCAUCAGUUUGGUAAAGUUUUAGAGUUGCUGGCAUGCUUUAUUAGGAGAACGUAGAAUUUAGACCUUUGAUUAUAUUUAUGAGCAUAUCAUAAACUGCAAUGAACUUCGAUGUUAUGGAUUUAUGUUGAUGAACUUAAAAGGGUACAAAGUUCAUUUGGGUUUUCUUUU